CCGCCUGACGUCAUCACCGCGCGCCAGCUCGCCGGGAAUCGUAGGGGGCGGCAGGCGCUGGCGGCGCGUGAUCCUCGGGCCUGUCCGCCGCGCGAGACCAAGGCACUGAUGUUUGAACAGGCAGCUUCACAAUGUUUAAAAGAAUCUUCCAAAUGGCUUUGAAUCAGACAAACUAGAAAAUCGCUUCGGAACACCGCCUUCAGCACGCAUCUCCCCCCUUGGGCUUUCCUGGCCAGGAGCUUUUUGAAGAGUCCAUUCUGCAGGGAGCCAGAAUGCUGAUCCUCAUGGAACCAGCUUAGAGGAUUUGACUUUUCUGGUAGAUUUCUCUCCCUUUAUUAGAUUCUCUCCCAGAGUUCUAAGAGGCAUGGAGGUAUUCAUGGCACCGAAGAGCCUGCGAGGAAGGAAGUAGCACUUUCAUGCUGCGUGAAAACCAAGCAGGUGACAGUUGUGGCUGAAAACACUUAAAUCUCUCACGUCUGGAUUUACUGCUGGGGCGCAAAAAGCAAUACUGGACAAGACAACCCAAAUAAGUAGAAUGAGGGCCACUGGCAAGUAAAUGGCCACUUCUACCUUGACGGAGCCGACGUCAGCCUCCUGGUGGAAUUAUUUUUUCCUUUAUGAUGGUUCAAAGGUGAAGGAAGAAGGCGAUCCGACGAGGGCUGGCAUUUGUUAUUUCUAUCCUCCUCAGACUCUGCUUGACCAGCAGGAGUUGCUCUGUGGACAGAUUGCGGGCGUGGUGCGCUGUAUUUCUGACCUCUCCGCCUCAGCUCCCACCCUCGUUCGUCUGCGGAAACUGAAGUUCGCCGUAAAGGUUGACGGAGAGUACCUUUGGGUGCUGGGCUGUGCUGUGGAGCUCCCCGACGUUAGCUGCAAGCAGUUUCUGGAUCAGCUCAUUGGUGUCUUUAAUUUUUACAACGGGCCCGUCUCUCUGGCUUACCAGAACCGUUCUCCGGAAGACCUGCACGCUGCUUGGGACACCUUCAUUGCUCAGGUCCUAAAGAACACCAGUGACCUGCACAAGAUAUUCAACUCCCUCUGGAACCUGGACCGGACUAAAGUGGAGCCCCUGUUGUUGCUGAAGGCAGCCCUCAUUCUGCAGACGUGCCAGCGCUCGCCUCACAUUCUGGCCGGCUGUAUCCUCUACAAGGGACUGAUUGUUAGCACCCAGCUCCCACCGUCCCUCACGGCUAAGGUCCUGAUCCAUCCAGCUGUACCUCGGGACCAGAGAAUACCUGCAGGAGGGGGUGCCCUGCAGGAACAUGGAGCGGCACUCCCCGCAAAUGUCCAGAUCAUGCCUGUGUUCCUGACCGAAGAGGAAGCCAUCAGUCUCCACGAGUUCCCAAUGGAGCAGGAAACGAGCUCGGCUGCCCCGUCGGCCGGACUCCAGGAGCACUCAGCCCAGCGUUGGAGCACAUCUGGCCCCACCGAAAACGCCACUGGCCACGUGGGAUCUGCAGCCUGGACGUUGGCAACCACUCCCGAGCCUACGGGUCCUGACGUAGCAUGGCCAGAUGGCAAGGGGGAGAACAGGCGCUUGCCUGGCCGUGAUCUGGAGAACGUCAAGCCUGCAAGACAGCACAGCCCGGCCAGGGACAAGGGUCCUGGUCUCCGCGGCUCCCUGGCGAGGGAACCUCGUCUGCCCUGGGCGGAGGAGGAACCGGACUUGUCUGAGAUCCACAUUCCAGAAGCUCGGGAAACAGGAACGUGCCCGGGUUAUUUUGCCCUCCCGAGUACGUGUGCCCCAGAUGGUGGCAGUCCUUGCUUUGAGGAAUGUGCCAGUGACUGUGGCAGCCAGGAACCCAAGCCGCCUGAUGCCCUCAGCAGCUUCCUGUCUCUGUCCACUCCUGAGAUCCCCCCCCAGAACGGAGCCCUGGAGCGGCACAACGACCUUCCAGGGGACAGCAACCCAGCCCCCUCUCCCAGGGAAGACCGCCUCCCUGGAAGGACGGGCAGGCCGUGGUCAUGGCCUUGCUCAGACUCGAGGCAGGAAGGAACCAUGCUUCCCGUGGGCGAACGAGGCACAGAGCAGCCUGUUGGGGUUCGUGACAGCCGCUCAACACCCGGCGGCUCUGACUUGGCAGAGUCUCAGGACAACGGUCCCUCUGCAAACAGAAAUGACCCGAGGUCAGCCCCCACAUCCCGUGAGGGGCUUGUGCCGAUGAACCUCUACACCCACGAUGUCAACGGGCUGGUGCUGUCCCUGCUGGCCGAGGAGCCGCUGCUGGGCGACGACGCAGCCAUCGAGGAGGUGUACCACAGCAGCCUGGCGUCCCUGAACGGGCUGGAGGUCCACCUGAAGGAGACGCUGCCCAAAGACGCCGCUGCCUUCCCCAGCAGGACGUACAACUUCACGCAUUAUGACCGCAUCCAGAAUGUGCUGACCACGAACCUGCCACAGGUGGCCACCACCCAGGACCGCCGCUUUCUCCGGGCCGUCGGCCUCAUGCACUCGGACUUUGCCCGGCUGCCUGCGCUGUAUGAGAUGACCAUCAGGGCCGCCACGGACAGCGCCAGCCUCCAGAGAGUCGAAAGGAAGGAAGACGUCUCUUGGCACCGAAGCCUGGAACUCGAGUGCGCAAGUCGAACCCCGGACCGCAGCAGCUGGCCCCCCCCCCCCCCCGCCCCGUCCCGCCAGCAUUUGGGGUCGCUGGGCCCCUGCCGAGCACCUCCCGAGGUCUCUGUGUGGUCAGAGGCCUGCCCAGGCAGCCUGGGACCAUUGUCUUCUUUCUUCCCCCUCAGAAACGCCUCCACGGCCGUGUAUGCCUGUUGCAGCCCCGUCCAGGAGACCUAUUUCCAGCAGCUGGCGGUGGCGGCGCGGAGCUCCGGCUUCCCGAGUCCGCAGGACGGCGCCUUCAGCCUCCCCGGCAAAGCCAAGCAGAAGCUGCUGAAGCACGGGGUGAACUUGCUCUGAACCGGGCCGCGGCAGGAAGUUCAUCACCCCAGGAGAGGAUGAGCAAGUCGAAUAGCAGAGAAGUUGCGCCGCCUUGAAAGUCCCUCUGUUCUAGUUUCCUCGGCACAUUCCCCUUGUAGGAACAUGAUGAUACGUGCGUGCGUGUCACUCCUUUUGUAGGUUGGGGCUUGAGCGGGUAGUUCUUCGGGUCAGCGGACCUGGAGCACGCGAUAAAGGGCUUUGUUACGCUGGCCAGGUUGCGGCCGGGCCGGGUGCUUUUGGCUCCCAACCAAAGAGGGGCAGGGCCAGGUAGUUGUCCCCUCACACGCGGUCUUGGGCACCUGUCACUUUUCGCUGCUAUUGCAUCUGGACCCUAACUAGUACCACGAGCAUUUUCUCUGCAAGCCUGUUGUCCUGAGUCCAGGGGGCGGUGUGAGGCAGGGCUGCAGGGGGUAGGAUUUGUCAGCCAGCAGACCGAACCCCCACACCUCAGGUAGGUGUUCUUUGGAGUGGCCCCCCCCGGGAGGUCUGGACGAGCAACGCAGGGAGGCAGGCAGGGAUGCCAGAGGCACCUCGUUUGCAUGCUUCUAGAACUAUAUUCAAAACCAGGAGUUUUGUUCUGUUCUUUGGAACACCCACAGUGGGGGCAAGUCUUGAUAACAUGGGAGGGAGCCUGGGGUUCUAAGGUAGCCGUGAGCCCCGGGAACUGGGUGAUGGCACACCGGCCCGUGCGCCUUUGGUGCAACGUGGGCCAUGCAACUGGCCCCUCUCCAGUGAAGGUCCUCAAACAGGAGCUCUCAAAACGGGGCAAAAGCCAAGCUGUGCUUUCCAGCGGUGGCUGCAUGAAAGGGAGCAGCGUUCAUCCGUGUUCCCGGGCCCAUGCUCCAGGCAGAAAGUUUACAAUAAUGUGAUACAGAACACAGGAUGAGAUCUUUACCAGGGUCUGAACUGUUUACUGGGAGUACCUGAGACUUCCGUUUGGAAACUGCAAUGUUAAUAGUUUCAUGUCGGUGAACAAGUGCCUAAUGUUUGUGACCGUGUCUUGUCUUGAAAGGAGUUGUCCAGGGCUAAAAAUAAAACAGCCCAAAAUGCUAUUGA